AUGGCACCCAGCCUCCCCUAUCGUGACAUCAAUUUGCUUGUUUCUCCUCUCCACUAUGCAUUCAGAUCAGCUUCUUCGACAUCCGCCCCUACCCUAGUCGUUGAUAGGCCGUCGGGCGACUUACGCUUAGACAAUGUCUCUGUUCAGGGAGCAAAGCGAGUGUCUAGUAUUGCUGGAAUUUUGGGAAUCAUCAAUCUGAAAUUAGACAAGUACAUCAUCAUUAUCACCAAAGCUCGUCCAAUGGGAAGGCUACGGGGGCACAUGAUCUACAAUGUUGUUUCUUCAGAAUUCCUACCAGUUCGCGAACGACCGCUACACGAUCCCGAUGAAGACACUUACCUCUCCCUACUCAAACAAUUCCUCCAAAAUAGCCCGAUAUAUUUCUCGUACUCUUUGGACAUUACAAAUAGCUUCCAACGUCAAUCACAGAGUGAUCCAUCCGCGCCAUUGUGGAAACGUGCUGACGACAGGUUUUUUUGGAAUCGUUUCAUUCAGACUGAUCUGAUAGAUUUCCGGUCGGGGCUGACAGACGGCACCGGCAUUCGUUAUGGUCAACUCUCUGAUGUCGAUCCGUAUAUAUUGCCCGUCAUGUACGGCAUGCUACGGAUAACGCCCACUCAGGUCAAAUCGACGCCUUUUACAUUCGCAUUGAUAACCCGGCGCUCCAGGCACCGAGGAGGGACCAGGUAUUUUUCCCGUGGGAUUGAUGAACGAGGUCACGUAUCAAAUUUUAAUGAAACCGAACAAAUUCUCAUCUUGAAUGACUCAAGCGGCGGAUUUCCCGGGUUUUCUGGCGGAAAUAGCAUUGAAAACGGGAAAGCUGGUGGUACCAAUUCCAAAGACCUGCAGGUCCUAUCAUUUGUCCAGACCCGUGGGAGUGUACCAGUGUACUGGUCGGAGGUAAACAAUUUAUUUUAUGUUCCUCGGCUGCAAAUCCGUGGAGUUGAUACGGCUAUUCCAGCGGCUCGCAAUCACUUCUUGGAGCAGGUUCACAUUUACGGGGAAAAUUAUCUUGUCAAUCUAGUGAACCAUAAAGGCCGAGAAGAUAAAGUUAAGAGUGCUUAUGAGCAAUUGGUCCGCACCUUAGUCACAUCCUCAUCCGAAACAAGGGAAGAGGAUUCUCUGACCACAGAGAAACUUCACACUGUUGAGUCAUCCUCUCAAGCACAAGAACUGGAUAAAUUGCACUAUGUGUAUUUCGAUUUUCACAACGAGACCAAAGGCCUUAAAUGGCAUCGAGCGGAACUUCUGCUAAACCAGCUAACGGAUGGGCUGGUUAGAGGUCAAUAUUUUAGUGGUGUCGAGCCAUUGGAUGAGCCGUCCGGCCUUCUUGAUGCUAGACUUUUGCAGUCUAGUGUCGUACGAACUAAUUGUAUGGACUGUUUGGAUCGUACAAAUGUCGUCCAGAGCAUGUUAGGCCGCUGGACUGUGACGCGGCAGCUGGUUGACGCUGGUGUGUUGAAGUCGGGUGAAUCCGCAAGUGACGAUGUUGGGUUUGAGUCCAUGUUCCGUAAUGUCUGGGCAGAUAAUGCGGACGUGGUCUCCAAAUCAUAUUCAGGAACAGGCGCUUUGAAGACCGAUUUUACGCGUACUGGCCAAAGGACGAAAGCCGGCAUUCUUCUCGAUGGUAACAAUUCGUUGACGAGGUAUAUUCGCAAUAACUUCUACGACGGACCUAGACAAGAUGCUUUUGACGUAUUUCUAGGAACAUAUCUUCCUUCAUCGUCAUCAAGCAGCCGGCUUGUAUUUGCUGACCGAAGGCCGAUUAUUAUCCAGGCUAUUCCUUAUAUUUUGGCAGCGAGCGCGUUUAUGGUUCUCGUUGCUACUUUCAGCCGCAGGCUUCCUGAUGCGGCGGCUUGGCCUAUACGACUGUUUCUUAUCAUCUGGAUGGUAGUAGGUGCUUGGUGCCUGCGCUUUAUUUAUACCCACGGCAUGCUUUAUGUCAACUGGCCUAAACUGAACACACCUGCUGCUGCAACUGAGGGUUAUCUAGAUGCAUUACAUAGAGCGCACUCCGACAAAGUGGUUGGACGAUUUGUGCCUGUUAGCCGCCAUCAACGUGGCUUCAGUAACGAUGCCAUCGUAGCUUUGAAUUCGUUGCAAUCGAACUUCUCGAUUGUCCAAGAGAUCCAAAGGUCGGGCGGACGGAUGAACAAACAAGCAAUGGCUGAAAUGGUAGAUUGGUGUAAAAAAAUUGGAUAUCAGCCGUCAGAUUUCAAUAAAUUGAAUUUAAUUCACAUUGCUGGGACUAAAGGAAAAGGCUCGACUUGCGCUUUUAUUUCAUCUAUUCUUUCCCAAUAUAUAUCCCCCAGCGACCUCUCCCGCUCAAAGCCAAAAAUCAACAAGAUUGGCCUCUACACCUCUCCCCACCUUCGAUUUGUCCGCGAGCGGAUACAGAUUAACAAUAUUCCCCUUUCUGAAGAGCUGUUUGCUCAAUAUUUCUUUCAGAUCUGGGAUCGCUUGGAGGAGUAUGCGUCUCAAAAUGGAAUAGACCCAGCUGAUCCCUCCACAAAACCUAUCUACUUCCGAUACCUUACACUUAUGGCAUGGCAUGUCUACUUGAACGAGGGAGUUGAUGCUGCGAUUAUAGAGUGCGGUAUUGGAGGGGAAUACGAUAGCACAAAUAUUCUGGAUAAACCUAUUGUUACAGGCAUCACGAGCCUAGGAAUUGAUCAUGUUGAGCUUUUAGGGGAUACAAUAGAAAAGAUCGCCUGGCAUAAAGCUGGAGUCAUAAAGUCGGGGUCAAUUACAUAUACGGCGCCUCAACCAGAAGCCGCCAUGGACGUUUUAAUCCAAAGAGGCGACGAAAAAGGAGUGAAGACUCAAGUUGCCGCCGGCCACCCUGAAUUUCUACCCGGAAAACUUCAACUUGGCCUAUCCGGUGACUUUCAAUAUAAAAAUGCAGAAUUGGCGGUUGCCAUAAGCACGUCGUUUUUAAAGGCCCGGGGCAUUCGAGAUGUGCCAUCGUAUGCUAAUCAUGAACCUCUGACUCCACCCAUUCUACAUGGCUUGAAGACUGCUUAUCUAGGCGGAAGGUGUGAAAUUAAACAAGAGGAAAAUGUUAUAUGGCAUAUUGACGGCGGUCAUACGCCAGAAAGCAUAGAAGCCACAGGUCUGUGGUUUUCAUCACUGCCGUAUACUAGGGACCAUGACAAAACCCAAGUAUUAAUUUUUAACCAGCAAACCCGUGACAGCUCCACACUUGUCCACACGCUCCAUGAUAUAUUAGCUACCAGAAAUUGUGUAUUUACGCAUGCUAUAUUCUGCACCAAUGUCACAUUCGAACGCGUUGGCUACCGCCCUGAUCUCGUGAGCAUAAACACCAACGCGGCAGCCGUCCAACAGUUGAGCGUACAAGAGAAUUUGGCAAAAAUAUGGUCAAAACUGUCCCCGGAUACAAAGGUUGUGGUGAAAAAUACGGUUGAGGAAGCUGUCAAAUAUGUCCGGGAUUUGCCCUGCUACCAUGGUACUCACGACCAAGGCACCCGGAGCCGCAUUUCGACGCUUGUGACAGGAAGCCUGCACCUUGUCGGUGGUCUCAUUGAAGUACUGGAGGCCAAAGUCACUUAG